AUGUCAAAGUCAAAUAUCGGAAAUUUAGCUUUUUAUUGUGUAUAUACACGUAAUCAUACUGAAAGUGGAACAUUUCAAGGUGUAAUUGAUGAUUUACCUCGAAUAUGUGGAAUGGGAAUAGAUUUUGUUUGGUUACUUCCAAUCCAUCCAAUUGGAUUAACAAAUCGUAAAGGUCCACUUGGUUCUCCAUAUUCUAUAGAUAAUUUUCGUGAAAUAAAUCCUGAACAUGGUGAUCUUAAUGAUUUUCGUCGUCUUAUUUCUGAAGUUCAUCGACAAGGAAUGCGUUUAAUGAUUGAUAUUGUUUUUCGACAUACAAGUCAUGAUUGUUUAUGGGCUAAAGAACAUCCAGAAUGGUAUUUAAGAGAUGAAACAGGAAAACCAAUUGCAAUUGUACCUGAAUGGUCAGAUAUAUUAGAUUUAAAAUUUGAAGGAAAUGAAAAAACUUUAUGGAUUGAAUUAAUUGAUGUUUUAAAAUAUUGGUGUGAAUUAGGUGUUGAUGGAUUUCGAAUGGAUGUUGCUUCCGGUGUAACAAUGCAAUUCUGGCGUCAAGCUCGGUAUGAAGUAUCAAUGAUUUAUCCAAAUAUUGUUUGGUUAGCUGAAUCAACUCGAUUACCUUAUAUUGAAGGUCAUCGUUUUAAACGAGAAACAGUUAAUACAGAUUCCACAUUAUAUGAAGCAUUUGAUAUUUGUUAUGAUUAUGAUAUUUAUGGUGCAUGGCGUGCAGUUAUAGCAGAUGCUAUUCCAAUAAAAUCUUAUCUUGAAAUGGUUCGACUUCAAACAACAAUAUAUCCAAAUAAUUUUAUAAAAUUAAGAUUUCUUGAAAAUCAUGAUCAACAACGUGCUGCACAUAUUUUUCGUAAUAAUCGUUUAAAAGGACUUGCAUGGACAGCAUUUAAUGCAUUUAAUAAAGGUUGUUUUUUGGUACAUGCAGGUCAAGAAACUGAACAAACCAAAACAUCAUCAUUAUUUGAAAAAGAUUGGGUUGAUUGUAAAAAUAUUUAUCCAUUACAACAAUUUCUACAUGAAUUAAUUCAAAUUAAAAAAAAUCCAAUUAUUCAAUCGAAUAAUUCAAAUUUUACGAUAACACAUCAUAGUCCAUGUAUUGUAACUGUAUGGGAAAAUGAAUUUGAUCGUCAAGGUCUUAUUGGUAUUUUUAAUGUUUCGCAAAAUAAUACAAAUGAAGAAUAUAUUCAAAUUAAUAAUUUACCCGAUGGAGAAUAUCAAAAUUUAUUAUUUAAUUCUGGUAUUAAAGAAAUAGAUAAAUGUGAAUCUUCAACAAUAACAAUAUCAAAUAAUGGAAAAAUACGUAUACCAUCAGUAGCUCUUAUUAUUCAAUAUUCUGAUUUUAUUCUACAACCACAAAUGUUUUAUAGUGAAAUAUUUGAUUUUGAUUACAAAGGAAUGUAA